AUUUACUUUAUCUGGUCUACCACAGUACACAGAAAUGCAAUUAUUUAAGUAAAUAUGAACUGCUAAAUAUCCUUGUGACUUCUAUCAGUUUUCAGAAAAGCACUGGUUAAAACUUGCAGGAGGAGUUUUCUCUAGGAGGAUGCAGAACCCCUGACCUGAGUGCUGAUUGGCCCUGUGCUGAUCACAUGCACUCUCCCAAGAAAAAAAAAAACCUCUCUAGCAAUACACACCAAACUGAGCAUGUGCAGAGUGUCUCCACACAAUAUGUCCUAUCAGGAGAUAAGAGGGGAGCACUGGAAGAAGGGGAGGAUAAGAGAAGUCAGGAUCAAACAGCAUUUUUACACAGUGAAGAGCAUUAACCUCUUACGUUCCACAGUGAGUAUAACAAGCAUGCUUUACUGCAUUAUACAGACUGAUUUUACUGUUGUGGGUUUA